GGCCGUCGACCGGUUCAACAGGUUUCCGUUACCACGGCGAUCCGGUGCCAACGUCGUGCCGGUCGCGUUAUCGAUCAAUUCGCCGCGCCCAACAUCAGAACCGCGCGGUCGGCGCUGAUAAGAAAUAUAUUUUAUCAACAUUAUCGUUAUUAUUAUUGUUAUUAUUCUGAAUUUUUUUUCCUCCAAUCUUUAUUUGCGCGCCGACUGCCGACGUCGGUUUGUUGUUGUGCAAUAGCCGCGCGUACACGGCCGCGGCGGCAUUCGAUUCGAGACGUUAUCGAGUUUUUCACGGCUGAUUUUUUUUGGUUUUUUUUCUCUCAAUCGAUUUCGCAGUACUCUUGCACGCCGUCGCGUGAAAACUCACGAUACGCCCGUCCGGUAAUCGCGGCGACGACGACUGUAGCACAAUAAUAUCCGAUGGAACGGUUCGACGACGAGAAUUCAUAAUUCCAUAACAAACACGUCGGCUCGUCAUCGUCAUCAUCACGAGGCAGGUACGUGUUCGGUUUACACAGCGAUUAAAUUAUGCACCGUCCGGGUGUCUGGCGAUAUUAAAACCCGACGAGCCUCGUCAAAACGAAACGCGCCGGGGCCGCGUCCUCCGGUUUUUCCGUUUUCCCCUGCCCCGACUUUCUGCCGUCCGCCGACCCUUCACAAAAGUCCGCGCAUUUUUAUUUUUAAACUUUCGUGGACAUCCGGCGGUUUUUCUCGACCGUCUGCUGCCCUCUUCUUACCCGCCGCCACUGUUUACCAGUAUAAUAAUAACCGAUGUGUUGUCCGGCCGCUUAUCAGCUCGUCUGCGGUCUCGAAACCGGUUCACUCGCACUCCGAUAUAGAUAAAUAAUACUGCGUUUUCGCGAUAAUUCAAAUCGAUAAUCGGCGGUUAGUCAUGAAAACGAUAACCAAAAAUGGGAAUGUAUAUCUUUUGUUCGCCUCUUAUCUACGCGUUUCGUUCGCGGUUGACGAACCGUCUAAAGUACUUCGGUGCACAGUGACGGUAGAUAUUUGAAAAAUACGAAUUCGGGUUUCGUACGAAAUUCAUUAUACUCGGCCGCCUCUCGGCAAUCUCAACAGCCCCCAAUAUAUAUAAUUUAGCGCAAAUAUUUUAACAAUAAUAUAGUAUUUUUCAACAUUUUGUAUUUCCCAUAAUAAUUUAUUGUAGGUAUUGUCGUAUUGACAAUUAAACGGAGUUUUUUUUUCUCUUUCUUUCUCUGUAUCACUGAUCGUGAACAUUGAACUUUUCGCAACUGGUUAAAAAGUGCAUGGUCAGAAAUUAAAUUACCAAUACUGUUAUUGUUUCUAUUCUUAUGAUAUUACUCGCGUUUUAAAAAGUAGAUUUUUUUACGCUACGAAUCUACAAUUCGGUGUGAACAUUUUUUUCUUUUAAUGAAAAUAACAAUUAUUUUAAAUCUGGGUAACACCCCGGGUUCCAAUCUGGUUACCACUGAAUUGACAGUAUAAAAAUAUCCAUCUCGAUAUCCAGUUAUUUUACAAAUUUUAGUAUUAUUCAAUGUUAUAAAAAUAUUAUUUUAAUUGAAUACAUUUUAGAAAAAUCUUUAUGGAUCAUCAAUUUAUUACUGCAUUGUAUUUACUGACAUACUUAGUUGUUUACAUUUGAAUAUAUUAAAAAUUAAACAGCUAUAAAAGAAAAAAAAAACAGGUAGUUAUUUAAUUGUUUACUAAGCAAAUUCAAAUUGCCUUAAACUUCUGAAAUAAAUAAUACCACCUUUGUUAAAACACAUUUCUAUCUAAUAAAAACCUUAUAUUUGACAUUUGUCUGUUGAAACUCUAUUUUAAUUGAUAUGUAAUUUAGUUAAUAAAUUAUUCUGUUAUUUACUAUGGCAAUAAGUUAGGUAUCUACUUAUAUAAUUUAUUAAUUAUUCUAGAUUUUGUAACUGAAUUAAUUUAUUUGGCAUAUUGCCAACGUUAUUAAACUACACCUAUAUAGUGACCAAUAUACACUCUUAGAACGGUAUUCUAGUGUUUUAAUGACAAGUUUGUUUAUAGGUUUAAUUCUUUAAUUUUUGUUUUCGUUCAAAAUUUGAUUGUGUAAAAUUAUGCAUAAUUUACUUUCAGAACAUGAAGUUGGCUCAUUAACUUGAUGAUAAUAUGGAGAAUACUGUACCUAUAGUUAUUUUGUACAGCUAAAUUUAAUGGUUAUUGAAGUUACUUAACUAUUCCAUAUUAUCAUAAAUUAUAAUACCUAUUUAAAGAAUAAAUACCCUUUUUGUUUGCUAUUCACACUAAAUUGGUUAUAAAAAUAACUAACUUGCUUUCAGUGUGUUACUUUUGUAUCCAAUAUAUUUUUUAUAUACCGAUUUAAGUCUAAUUCAAAAUUCAAUUUUUGUAAUGUCCGUCUGAUUUAUUAUCGGAUAAUUGAUUUCGUUUUUCUGUUUCAGCGUAUAUUCAAUUAAAAAAAGAAUAAUGAUUUGUAUUGGUACAAUUAUUUGUGUUUGUAGAAUGACAUACUAUUAUUAUAUUACAGUAUAUCAGCACUACCUACUUUUGUUAUAAUCUCUAACAAAAUUAGAUAAGGAUUCGGUUGUAAAAAAAUUAUUUUUCAUGUUUAUUUUAAAAUAUCGGUUCUAUCACUUUAAUUUAAAAUUGUGUUUAUGUUUAGGAAAUCAAAACAUGGACGAUCAGAAUCAUAGAAGUCUCUACGCUGUGGUAAGAAAUAUUUUUAAUUAAAUAAUUAUUUACCUAUAAUAUGACUAAUAGGUACUUACAUACUAUAUUAAAUAAUAAAUUGUAGCUUAAGUUUUGAAUUUUAAAAGUCCUAUUAAACCUACCACACCCUUACCUGCCUAUUUAUUAAGAAUUUAUAAAAUAUUUUUAAUACCUAAUAUUUAUUAAUUUACUAUUAAAAUCAAUAUAAAUAAGUUUAAUAGUCUUCCUGUUGUAUUGUAAUGAAAUGCUAGAUAGCGAAUAACAAUUAUAAAAGUCCUUGAAAGUUUGUUUAAAACAAGAUCAUAUGUUUGAAUAAGUGAAUUAUUAUUUGACUGUUUGUAUUGGUUUGUGUAUAGUGAGACAGGUGAAAAUAAUAUUAAAUCUAUAUAUUUAAGUAGCUGCUAAAUACAUCAUUCAAUGAUUCAAAAUUAUUUGUCGGUGAAUUAAAUGUCUAUGUAGGUACCUACAUUUCUAAAACGUUUAAUAGCAAAAGUAUUAAUCAAUUGUAUGCACUAAUAAAGUUAUUUUAUUUGUUUUGUAUUACCUACUUAUUUUCUAAAAAACAAAAUUUCUAAUUAUUCGCACCGUCUAGUAGUAUGAAUAUUUAUUUUUGAACCAUUUUAUGUAUAUAUACAUUGCAACAAUAAGCACACAUCUAGAAUAUCAAACAAAUAUUUCCAUGUGACAAUCAAUCAAAUGGUUACUAAUAUACAUUAUUGUAGUUAAGUAUUUAUUUGUUAAAUAUUAUCAUUGUAUAUACUAUUUUACUAAUAUCUAUUAAUAUACGUGUGCAUUAACAUAUGCAUGUUCUGAAAAUAAUUAUUAUAAACCAGUUUUAUGUUAUAUUAUUAUGUUUGUUUUAAAUUUUUAUUAAUUUAUCUACUUGAUUAAAUACAAUUUAUUAAAAGUAUGUAUAUUUUACAUUUCUUUCAUAUUAAGGGUAUUACACAAUAUUAUCAGACAAUUUAAUAAUAAAAUUAUAAAGAAAACAUAGUGCAUAUCCGUGUUAAAUGUUAUUCUAUUUGUAUUUAUUACAAUAAAGGUGUUUUUAUAUUUAUGGUUAUAACCAAUGAGAGAAACUAACAACACUGUUUCCAUAUAAAACUAAAAAAAAAAAGUAAUAAUUUCCAAUAGCUGUAAAUAAUUAAACAAAUGUCGGAAAUCAGAACUAUAACUACUUCUCAAAAAUCCUGAGUAAAGUAUUUGGUGAAAAUGCUUACGAUUAAUUUUCAAUGAAUUACAUUCAAAAAUAAAAACCGUCAGAACCGUUUGUUCCGUUAUAUUUUCAUUUUUUCGGUUUUCCCAUAUUAGACAAUUACGAAGAAAAUCAAAAAAAUGACCUCGCAAUGCACUAACUAAACAAAAUUUUUAACCAGAAUACACCCAUGAAAUUUGUUUAGGUGAUAAUCGGUUAUUUGAAGUAAGUAUUCCGGUUGAAAACGUACUUGCAGACAGAAUAAAAAAAUCUUACAUAGUAAAUUAGAAAUACAUUUCUAUCGCUUUAAUCAGAAUUUUAUACAAGAAAGCCUUAUUUAUCUACCUACUUCAGGGUUUUUAAACUCAAACUUUUAAUGAUAUCGAAAUUAGAAUGUUUAUAAAAUUUAACGAAAACAUUUUGAAAUGUUUUUAAAUUACCGAGUCAGAAAACCUCAACAGAAGAUUUAAUUUAUAAUUGCAAAUCAAUCUGUUAUUUGUAAAUAUUGCUAAUUCGAUCUAGGAUUAUAGAAUUUUGAAAAUUUUGAAAAGUUGUUAUUUAUAUAUUUUUAGAAGAUAGGAACGUGGUUUAAAUUAGGUUCGUAGACAUUUUGAAUUUAACUCGAAUCUAUCUGCAAUUAGUUAUAUUUUAAAACUUGAAAAAAAUAUAUCAAAAACUAUCACGACGAAGAAUUUAAUUUACGAAUUCGGCGAAUCUGGAUAUAUUAUUAAAAAAAUAACUUCGUGGAAUUACGCGUUAUAUUAUAUCUACAAUAUUACGACGAAUAGUUGACUUUUUUAAAAUAAAGGUCCCCAAAGGGGGUGGGAGGGGUAUAUUCUGACCUGCAAGGGAUCCAUAUUAAUGAAAACAAAAAUUGUGGGUGUAUGAGAUGUAAAUAGAUGUCAACAAGAGGUAUUAAGUAAAAGCCCGCGUGCAUUUAUACGAUUAAUACGCCUCAAAAAAAACGUCUGGGAACCUCUGGUUUAAAAUAUACAGUGCCGGAUUAUUUUCGCCGGCGGUUAUAUUAUAGCGUAAUAAACACCUAUUAUACGCAUUAAAUUAAGAAAAAAAGCUUUGGGUACUUACUCGCGACUUCAAUGUCGGCGAAAUCUUCUCGAUUUGUACUCGGGGCGGCGGCGUGCUGCUGUCGCAAUUUUACGAUCCCACGCGAAUCGAUUUUCCUGACGCCACGGCUCGUACGGGCGAAUUGACGAUUGUCCUCGGAUCCUAAAUUCAAUUAAAAAACUCUCGAUUUAGUUUCCGCGACGUUAUUGAAUUAUAAUAAUGAGUGAAUAUUUAAACGGGUGGUGGGAGGGGGGAAUAAAUAAUGAAUACGUAGGUGGUACGCGAAGAAACUGCGUUUGGUCGAAAAAAGAUUACGUGGUGCGAAUGUACUAACGUCGUGGACUGUCAGGUGUUAGGUAAUGGCUUUUUUUUUUCUUCCGUCGUUUCUGACGCGGUGUACAAGUAUGUUAAUUUGUUGUUUUUUUAUUUUUUUUUCAUCCGUACGCUCGGUAUUUUUGUGCGUAUAUUUUUCCGUAUACAAAUAAGGAAAAAAAAUAUUGGCCAAGUAUAUAGUGUGUACUAUGAAACGCGACACCGUAUUUCGAUUAUAUAUAAAAAAAUAAGAGAAGGCUGGCCGCGCGAAAAGCUCUUCGCUCCGUUAAUCUGCUUAUACCUUACACAGUCAUUUAAUCCGACUGUACACGGCAUUUUUUUUUUUUAUUCCUUCUAAUUUUCUCUAAACCCGUAUCGUAUUAUUACGGGGUACCUACCUGCUAAUGACCCGGUUAAUAAUCACGGUUCAGCUUGUUUUGCAUAUAGUCGCGGUUAUCGCGUUUCUCGUAUUAUGUGAACGCGCUGCACCGUCCAAGCAGUCGGUGGUCGCAAACCGUCUUGACAAUUAUUGCGUUAUAACUCGUUAUGUAUUAUAUUUGUGUACAGGGUGUUCGAAUAUCCUGUACACACUUUUACAUUAUGUUGACAUAACGCGAGACACUCCUUGUACCGGAAAGUAAUGGCAUUUUUUUUUUUUUUUUUGGAAAAUUUAAGAGACAAUAGUAGCACCGAAAUGCCGUGUUUCCGUUAUUUUUAGUCGCUCUUAUUUUAGAGAUACGUACUUACUUUUGUUUUUCGAAUAGGAAUGUACAUCGCAAAACAUAUUUCAUAAAUGGAGUUUUAGUUUACAUACGCAUUUUGACGUCGACAUUUUUGAUUUUCGUCAACCCGUCGCGACGAGAUAUUCCGAUUUCGAGUUGGCCGCUAGGGGGACAGUUGUAGUACACUGCCUACACUUAAACGUCGUGAUACUAUAAUUAUGCUCCACCGGGGUGUCGAAAUCAGGGAGGAUGUUUUUGGGUGGUUAGACACCCCUCCCUACAUCCGUGUUUAGGUAAUUUUUUUCAUGGAGACGUGUGACACCGCCCUUCGAAAAAUCCUGAUCGCGGCCGCUGUCAGCUCCACUAUUAUAUACUCUCCUAUACUACCCGAAUCUUAAAAGGGGAAUAUCUCUCAACGUGCCGUUCGAAAAUCAAAAGUCUUCGACGGUCUCACCGUCCCCUUCCCCCCAAAAAACCCCGAGAGCGAUGAAAAACGACGGUGAUGUAACGGGUUUUACUUUCUUUUUUUUUUUCUGUAAGACUGCCCGUGUGGUCUCCGCGGACGUUCUGAAAAACGAAAAAGCCGAUAAUUUACAAUAAUCGUUGAGCGCGUGUUACGUUUCGAUCGCCCCGUAUAAAUUAUUAUUAUCGUAAUGGACCGAGAGGCGAGUUUUCGGUACGCGCAAUCCGUUUCAGCAGUCGUCACCGCGACGAGUGUGUGUGCGUGUUGUCCGUUCGUCCGCGCUCUGGAAAUACGCGUUUUUUUUACACCCAAUACAAUAAACCAGGGAACCUGGUCGUUUUUUAAUUGGUAUAAGGAUUUUUCGUUUUUUUUUUGUCGAACGUGUACGGUGUUUUUUUUCCUUCCCGGCCCCCCGUUUCACUCGCGAACGCCGUUUAAUAUUUUUUCGAAAAAAAAAAAAAAAAUAUGUCCUAACUAUCACACAAUAUUAUAAACGGUUUUUAGAUCAUUGUUUAUUUUUUUACGCCUUUAAAUAUACCGAAUUUUAUCCGCGUUUUCUCGAACGGACGACCAAAACGGCUCGAUCUCCGCGUGUCAAUAUUAUUGUAGACGACGUCUAAUUCACGCGCGUAUCGUACUCGAAAGUUUUCGUAAACGAUUCGGUUUAAUACGAAAAGCUCGCGAUAAUAUUUCAACGGUCGCGGUCGAUAAACGCGACUCCCGAUUCCCGCGACACGAUAUUUUUAACGGACGCGCGCUCAGAAUUCAAAUAAUCGCACGAUAACUGCGUCUUCCUCUUGUACACCCGACACGUUCGACAAUUAUUGCGCGACAUGUCACGACGAAUCGGGAACAUCGGGCACGUAAAAAACGCCGAAUCCCAACAAGUGCCGGUUGCUCGUGUUUUGCAUGUCGGUUAGACGCGGUUAACCCGUUGCAUAUUGUUACAGUAUACGCAAUAUAUUAUUGGACGGUUUCAGUAACGUAAUAAACGUAUACCUGCGUGGUUAUAAAAAAAAAAAAAACCAAACCAAAUCAAAUUGUAAUUUUUUGUUCGCGCCUUUUAAUCGACGAUAAUGUUAUUUAUUUUUGUUUUGCCGGCCGAUUGAUUCGUCGAAUUUAUAUGUAUACUAUUAGCCUACCGCCGUGCCGGAAAACAAUGUUUACCUUCGGUAUCGUCACGGCUUCAAAACAAUAAUCUACUUUUCGCGUUUAAAACGAUUAACUCUUGUUGUACAAUCAAAAAAAUAAAAUAAAUCGUCGCAAUUAUGGCUCCGCGAAAAUACGGCCCGUCAUCAAAACCGCUCGACGACGAACUCGUCCGCCGUUUUCAGCAUUGGAGAUCCGCGCCGGAAUACAAAGCCUGCUACACCCCCGUAAGUUUUAUUCGUACCUAUCGCGGCAUAUUGUACGUGUAUAGUAGUUGUAUAGAAACGUGGGUAUAUUUUUAAGGGUUUGGCCGUUGAUUCGGCGCCCGGAAAGUUUCUUUUGAAAACGAACCGCGGUUCCCGCGUCGAAACGGAACCGUGUAUAAUUUCCACGUCCGGACGCGUCCCUAAUAAAAGACCGUUUUUCGUUUCACGAAUCAUUGGUAUUUGUACUUGUUUUUUUUUUUUUUUAUUACAUGUUAAUAUACGUAUGUUAUCGAAUCCCGCGGACGCCCAAACGCGUUUAGGGGAUCAUUAAAAUUGUAGACAGACCACGUCAACGAAAAACACUCGUUAUAGUGACCCUCCGACAAACGCACGAAAUUCCAAUAUGAUCCUUCUGAUCCGUUUCUUCCCGAGCGUUGGCUCAUCACCGUGCGUAUUAUUGUUAUUCUUAUUUAUUAAAUCUUGGCGUUUAUUUUUUUCAUUCUCUUAUAUAAUGUAGUAUUUUUUAUUAUUUUUUUUUUUUUUUUACACUUAAUCGGCAUUCCGAUAUCCUACCGCAGAUGAUGAUGAUAGGUGUACGUAUACCCGAAUGUCGCACGGGCCAAGGCCGACGAAUCAAGGUUCGUUCGUUUACUAUACCCGUACCUAUUAGAUUAUGUUCAUAUUUUUUUAUUUUCACGAUUUAUAUGGAAACACACUGCAAUAAUUCUUGCGUAUAUACAGAAUUGUUAUUAUGUACAGGAUAUGUAUUAUAUUCGUAUAUUGUCUUAAAAAAAAAAAAAACUAUAAAUUAUUAUCCGAGUGUCUAUAUAAUACUUAUGGUACUUAUGUGUAUAUGGUACUUAUGUAGUAUUUUUGUAUCUAUAGAAUUAACAAAAAUUCCCGGAUACGAUGAGAUUAUAAUUUUAUCGGGGUUUUUUUUUUCUCCGGUUCGAUCCAAUAAAAUUGACGUCGUGUCGAAGAUCUUCGUUAUUUGUUCGCGAUAUGCGUUACAUAGGUAAUCGAAUAAUGCGAAAAAAAAAACAUAAAAAAAAAAAACGGUCGUAUACUUCUAUACGUAAAAAUUAACUUCUUGUUAUAUAAUAAUCUGCAGUAUCUAUGUAUAUAGGUGACUCGUGUCACCGUUCCUAAUCCUAUUUUGAAUUGUGUACGGAAUCCGUUUCAGUUUUUUUAUAACAAUGUGUAGGUAUACUCGUAUCACGUGCAGUCUGUACGCGAUGGGUACUUGUUUCUUUUCGUGUUAGAAAAACAGAAAAGAACACCGAAUAUUGUGGGAAAAAAAACUAAUAACAAUAUUGUGUUUAUUCAUAUUUCUUAAAAAAAUGCAUGGUUUCCGUGAAUGCGAUUUAUGCACUAAAAAAAAAAAUUAUAACAAAAUCCGUUCGUCGUUAUAAAAAAAUAGAUAUACUAAUUGCCUGCCAAGAGUUUGCAUAAAAUAAAAAUUAAAAAUACGUGGUCUAAACGUCGUCGGACGCUGUAUUAUAAUAUAGGUAUAAGAAUAUAUCUAUAUAAAUUAUAAAUCGUUUCAGUGGCGUAAUUCUGAUUGUUUUUUUCUGAAGAGGGGCAUGGAUAAUUUGUUAGGUUAACGUCGUGUGAGGCCUCCCCUCCUACAGAUUUGUUUUAAAUUCCGAGUGUAACGAAGAAGUUAUUCGUUUUACUAAGACGUGUUUUUUUUCCUUUCUGAGAAAACUUUUUCAGUUGGCAAAAUUGACCCUUUCUUUUCGUGCCGUACCAUGAAAGAUUCGAAUUUUUCAGUACUGACAGUACUUUGUUCGAACAAAUUUUCGAAAUUUACUUUUGAUUUUUAUUCUAAAAACACUUUUUCGGUGAGGGAAUAUUCCGGCUUUUUCACGCAGUAUAGGCACCCUAAAGGACACACUUUUUUAAAUUUUCAAAAGUUUACUCCUAUGGCUUUUUUCUCGGGUAUUACUUUUUCAGGUGUUAAGCAUAAUAAUUCGCAUCAUACAUGCCUUAAAAGAUGCGGAUUUUUCGCCCGGCGAUACUAUUUAUAUAUGUAUUUGAAAUACAAAGUAUAUGUUAUACCUUUUCCAAAUAGGUUUACUAAGGCGCAUUACACAACAUUAAAAAAAGACUCUGGGAGUGGAUUUAUCCGACCUUCAUAACUACGCCACUGGAUCGUUAAUCGUCCGCGUUUUUUUUUUCUUUACGUCGCGGCUUUUGUCCGAUACGAAAUUAUGUUCAUUAAAUUGUACUUGUAAUAUACCGGACGCAUAACGCGAGUAUAUUUGCAUACAAUUUAAACAACGCGCGUAUAUUAGACUGAUGUUUGUUUUGCAAACGUGUAAGGACUAUAAUAGUAAAUAAAAAAUAGAUAGUAGUAUAUAAGAAUAUGGUACGUAAACUGUUUUCCACGUGAAUAAACAAUCGAAUCGAAUAUAACUUUUGUUCGCCGACGAAGUAUUGUUUUAAAUUCUGAGCGAAGCGAGGAAUAUAUUAUUACCUAGUUUUACCAUAAUGUUUUUUUUUUUUUUUUUUAUGCGUGUUUCAAUCAAAAACUUUAUAGGUUGGUGCAUUUAGGAGGUAAUUUUUUGAUUUUUCGUGUAAUUUCCUUAAUAAAUUAGAGGAAAAACUGGACAUUAUGUGUUUACGAUUUGUUAACUACUGGGUAACCUUGGCAACAGGGGGAAAAAAUACCGCUCAUAAUUCUCCACCUAGAAUCGUUGUUUGUCAGCAAUAGUUUAUCGUUGCGUACAAAUAUGAAUUAUAUUGCCUUUAUCCUCUUCCAUCCAAUUCCCUCCUAAAACAGUGGCACACCCAUCAGCAGUCUCAACCUUUAUUUUUUUUUUUGAUGGCGGUAGUAUUUUAAUAUUAUUUAAUAUAUUAAGAGUUACAGUCAUAUCGUAAUAAUAUUAUGUCGAAAACGAGUUUUGAUAUAUUUAGAUUCUGAGAAAACGUAUAUUAUUUUUACAGUAACAUUUAUUACGACGUAGGUUUUUGCCCGUUUCCGACCUCGGAAUACUCGCUCCGAUCUUCGACUUCGGGAUGGUUUCUGAAAGAUUUUGAAGUAAAAAAAAGUCGAAUAUUUAGUCUGUCGUCGUGAUCCAGUGCUUUUAAUUUGACGAUAGCAUUAAAUCCGUAUAUAUAUAUGUAAGUUUAAAUUUGAUAAGUAAGUUGGUAUUUUUUCUUUCGAGAGAGAGCAUUUUGUUGUGUUAUCGUUACUACGAUCCGGGGGAAUUUGAUAUUCUUCCGGAAUUUCGUUAUGUCGAUUGAUUAUUUUUAUUUUCCCUGCCCGUUUCUUGAAAAAUGGGAGAACCCGUCGGAACAACGUGAAUACUUUACUGAACAAUAUUUCAAAUCGGUUUUGUUUUCUCGUUGCUGCGAUUCGUUGAGAAAUAAUCGCAGAGAACUGGACAUUCUCACUGAAUACUAAUUAUAUUAGCAUAUUUUAGACGUGCUUUAAUUUACGAAAUAUUCUAUCACGGUUUGAAUUAUUUAUACCUUUUAGAAUUCUUCGAGGUUUUUUAAGUGUAUAAUAAGUUCAAGUAUGUACAAUUUGUUUAGCUUCGUGUAAAUGCUUCGAACAUUUUGAUUCGAGGUUUUUCAUGAGUUAUUCUUAUACAGUACUAAUAAUAUAUACAUAAUAUAAUGUAUCGCAAAUCCGUGGUCAUAUUUUUUUUUUUUUUACUGAUCCGUUUUAAGUUUAAAUCUAUGGUAUAAAUCGUUGUAAACACGUAGGUAAAAAUUGAGUUGUAUACUAUUUCGUAGUUACACGUUAAUAAAAUUUGAUUUAAAUCUGUUCAAAAAAUGUUCUAUUCAACCCCGUUCGGGAUUACCUAAGUACAUGUAAUAAUAUGCUGUGUUCGCAGUAAAAUUAUGGCAAACCCUGUUGAUUUUUGACAAUCGUUGCGACAACCGUUUUAUCGGCUCGGCAAACUGGCAUAGUUAUUAAUAAAUAAUUUGCAUACAAUUGUUCGCUAUGUGGUUUAUAAAUCUACAGUUUUUUUUUUUACCGGCCCAUCAUUAAAGUAUUAAUAAUUGCGAACAUAAAUUAUUUCUAUGUAUCCGCUAGACCUGCUAGGUUCCCAACCUUUUUAUGUCAGCGCACCACUUAUACGUUUUGAAUUUUUCACGUAGACUACUUGACCUAAUUUUUAUUUUGUCUAUUUCUUCGUUUUGUUUUUACUUAACAGAAAAUAAUAUUUACCCACACGUUAUUUUACAUGUAUGGAACCUUUUAUGUUUUAAAAACUAUACAUUAUUUUAAAAAUUUAAUGCACACAAUUAAAAUGGAAUAUUUAUAUAGUUAUUAUUUUUAUUGUUAUUUAUAGAUUAAUAAACUACAUGAUAACUUUUGACUUUUUUUUUACACAGCAAAACAAUUUUUUUAUGUACCACCAACGAGCUUUCCGCUUUCCACAGUUUGAGAACCGCUGUGCUAGAGAGUAUAAUAUCUAAAAACAGAGCGGACAACUUAACUGUUCUUAUCAGCGGUUAAUUGGCCUCGUCAUUUUGCGAUUACACAGUUUAAUAAUAUACGAGUCAAUGCCAUAUCUGCAAUGAGUGAUUCAAAUGGUUCAAUCCUCCUUCCACUCCCCUCGAUAUUUGUUUAAAAAAAAUUAUUUAUCAUUUUCAUGCUAAAUGCUAAUAUAUUACCAUGUUUGUAACGAACAUAAUAGACGAUUCAAUUUACUUCCCCCGAAAAUCUAGUCUAACUAUGGCCCAGAUAUAGAAAUGGCGACUAUAGUAGGGCCAGCGGCCGUUUUUCGUUAGGGCUACUAUAAUGAUUUUUUUCAGUUUAAAAAACCUAAAAUGUAUUCCCAAACUGCGAUGAAUAGUGCUGUAUUGUAAAAAAUUUGCUGGCCAGCAAUUAAUAAUACUCUUAAAAGUUGAAACUCCUGAAAAAAGAAAAAAUGGGCAAUAGACUAUAGCGAUACAUACAUGGCAUUUACACGGUAGAGCAGUGAUUCUCAACCUUUACUGAGUCAUGUCACAUUUAUUCACAAUAAUCCAUUACUUAUUCGCUCUACCAAUGCAUAAUCCAUUGAUAUAAUAAGAAAUUGUAUUAGUGGAUACAUGACGGCGACGUCAAUAUACGAUUUUAUUCUAAAAAUUAAAAAGUUCUCUUAUUUUUUUUUUCUUUUCCCCGAUGAUUUCGUGUCACUUCUACACUGGGUUCAUGUCACCCAAGUGAAACAUGUCACCCCGAUUGAGAACCAUUACGGUAAAGCAUUAGAAAAUUCGCCAAUAAAUAACGUUUGCCUAUAGUUGAUCUGCAAUACACUCUCUGAUUAUAUACUGGCUUUCUAGGUACUGUACUGCAGUGCUUGAUGAUUAUUGCAGACUAUAGAUAUUUGUGUGACGAAAAUAUCUUUGCUGUUUUUUCAUUUAGUAACGGAACAUAAAAAUAACGAUUGUGUAUUAUUAGUAUACAGGGUAUUCCACGAAGAUAUAUCCAAUGCAAUAUCUCCUGAGAUAAUAAAAAGACUGAUAUACUUCGCACGUGAGUGCAGCCAUUGUUGUAGGUGGGAAGUUAGGAAGGUAGGAUACAGAAAGGAAUUUAAUGUAUAUCUGUAAGCAACGGUAAAUCAUUGCUAACAAAACACCGAUUCUGAGCGGAAUUCAGUUAAUAUAGUGGUGCUUUGUCAUAUGGUAAAAUAAUGAAUUGUACCAAUUUUUCCAAGUUUUUCACGGUUUUCCGUUUGCUGGGAAAACUCAUGGGAAAAUCGAAAUAUGUCCUCCUUAAAGUACUUCUUCAGUUAGAUUUCCUUUCAAAAAAAGUGCUAUCUUGAUAAUUCAGAGUAAAAUCGCUGAUAAAAAGUUGUUCACAGGAUAAAAAAUGCCAAAAUAUUUUUCAACUAAUACCUAAAUUUCGUAAAUUUUCCCGCUUUUUCUCCGUUUAUUUCUGGUUUUUUUCAUUUGUUGAGAAAACUCCUGAAAAAUCAAAAAAUUACAUCCUUAAAGUACCACCUCAAGAAAAUUUCCUUUCAGAAAAGGGUCUACAUCGUAUACAUUGGAGUAAGCUUUCUGGUGGAAAAAGUGUUCACAUAAAAAAAAGUGAAUGUCUUUGUAAAACCAAUACAUUCUUCGUCGCUAUACAAUUAGAAUCUAAAAUAAUCAAAAUUUUUUUUUAAAAAAAAAACAAUACUCGUAAAGAUAAGGAGUACAUAUAUUUAUAUUUGAUUUCAAGUUUCAUGUUAAAAAAAUUAAAAAAAUUACUUUUUAUUUCAUUAUUUUCGAAAUUGUUUAAGAUAUUUUAAGUUAUUUUGUACCGUUUAUUCUGCUGAAAAUUUUGAUGUUUUAACUGUUUAUUUUCUUUAAAUUCUUGAUUUUUAAUAAUCUUAAAAUGUAGAGAAAAAAGUGUAUUGUUAAUUAGCCACCAUAGUAAUAAUAAUAAUCAAUAGUGAAUACGAUUAAAACCUGCUGAAUAAUUAUAGGUACUUUUCUUUGAACUUUAAAAAUGUAUACAUUUACAUUGACAUCCUGUAUUAUAAUUUUAAUUCAGCACAAUUUAGUCUUUGACCCAGCAUUAUAAAUAUCACAAAUAUUUUCUUUGCUCUUCUUUUGAUCCGUUUAAACUUUCAGUCGAAUUUCAUCAUCGUAUUAUAUGCCUUACGACUCUGUAACCGUUUUAAUCGCUACCUACUGUAAAUUUCAACUUCGCUGUAGGUCUUGUUGUAAUUCAUCAAUUUCUGCAUUCUUCUCACUGGCCUUUAUUCGGCUACUUAUUCUCUCCUUUCGGUUGAAUUUACGAAACUUUAUUACCUAUGUUUUUCAGCCGUGUAUAUUUUAUAUAUAUAUACGUAUAUUCUGGACGCCGUCGUUCAUAACCGCACACUUUCUAUAUGUCAUUUCAGUACAAUUUUCUAUUGUUUAGUAGGUAUUCUUAAAGGGUCGACCGUUCAGAACCGUAAACUUUUGAUUUACUCAAUAAAAUUCGGCGGUCGUACGAAUAAUAACGCAUACGUUCAUCUAUAAUCAGAUUAUUAUUAGAAUAUUAGAACCACACUCCAGUUAAUCGAAUUCGCAAAUUCGUAAAAAUAAAACCUUCGAGAUUAUUCGCAGAUGUCUACACUACAAGUUUCUCCAGAUAAGUUAUGUUAUCAAAUUUAUACGAAAUAUUUCUACUGUCAAUUGCGAAAUGUUCGUAACAACUCGGGAAUUGCCAAGUAUAUUAAUUACAAGUAUCCGAAGUACACAACUGGUUCGUGUUUAUCAAUAGCUUUAUGAAAUACCUAUUUUCAUAAUAAGAUAAUCACUAUUACCACUCCGACCAUUUUUUUAGUGAACUUGAAUUUUUUUAUAUUCGGAUCGUAGCGAGGGAUCUAUUAGCUUUACAAUGAUGUGUGUUUCUUUUAUGUCUGUGAACAACUUUUCUAUCAGAAAAUUUGCUUCGAACUAUAGACUAUAGAAUCUUUUCUGAAAGGUUAUUUUCUCUAGUUUGUGCAUUGAACAGAUUAUUUGAUUUCUUUAGAGAUUUUUGAAAUAAUUGGAAAAACCGAAAGAAAAUUAUAAAUAUUAUCCUAACAGAGCAAGUUGUUUUUUGAUAUUUAAAGUAUUUUUCAUAAUAAUUUAGAAAAACAAAAAAGACAAAAUAUUAUAUAUUAUAUAUUGUACUUAAACUAAUACACACAAUUAUAAUAUCUUAAGUAUUAACAUAUUAAAUAUAAUUAUAUAGUAAACAAUUAUAAUAUUAUUUUGAGUUCUGGAAUUUAUUUAUCCUUCGCAACCAAAAAUAGUAUGCAAUUCGGUAAUGAACCAGUGACAGGUUAACAUUAGAUUAAAACGUGUGCGGAAUUGAACGACUUUUUCUGAAAGUGUGCUGUUAUGAUCAGACACUCAGCCAGGGGGGCUAUGAGGUACUGACCCUCCUCCUCCUCGAAAUUUAAGCUUCUCACCAAACAUUCGUAUUGGAACUAUUAGUAGUUGGUGAUCCCCCAACCCCCAAAAAAAAAUUUUGCCUGGCUACGUGCCUGGUCAUGAUAACCGCCGUUUUGUUUCGAUUUCCGAAACGUGUUUCCAACAUAUUAUGUUUUCUGUUAUUGUCUUUAAUGUUUGCGCCCACUAACAGGUAGGUAUUAAUAGCACUACAAAAACAAUAGACCCGAUUAUAAAACUUUUUUUUUUACAUUGUAUAUUUAAACCUACUGUUUAAACGUUUAUGUAAUAAAAAAUAAUUUUAAUAGGUCGACGGUGUUUAUGUAACCAACUAGAUAGGUACCUACCAAUUUUAUUGGUUUUGUUUUACACAUAAUAUAGAACAAUAUUCAUUUCUAAUCAUCACCUGUACACAUUUAAAUUUUAAAAAUGCAACAUUUUUUUUUGUCCGUUUUUAAUUUAUAUGACCUAAUACUACGCAAUAAUUUAUGUAACAUAAAAUCAUUAUUUUUUUUACUCGAACGACUUAUAAUGUGAUAUAUUGAAAAUAUAAAGUCUAUAUACAAAUGUAUAUAUUAUCUUGAUAAAUUAUACAUUAUUAUAAUAUUUUAGCAUUAGUAUGGUGUUUUUAUUUAUUUUUUUUUUUAAUAGAGGAAAUCGGAGUUUAUUAAACAACAACAAUUUAAAUGUAUAAUUUUAAAUCAUUUUUAUCUUGUUAACCCUGAAAUUUUAUAGGUAGGAUGUUAAUGGCGAUGAAUACUUAUUUUUCUCCGUAGGUACCUAAUAUAUAAUUACAUAACAAAUCGAAGAUGAGCAAAUAAUCGUAGGUACGGCCUAGUGAAGAAUAAUUAAAUAAACUUACGCGAUUUUUAAAUUACACUCUGUUAAUGAAAAAAAAUAGGCUGAAAAACCCUGAGUGGAAAAAAAACAAUAAUUACGUAGGUACUUAUGUUUAUAAUUUUGUUUAGAAAAAAAAAACUAGGGAGUUUUCACAUGUAAUUUAUCUAACUAUUAAACAUUUGAGUCACAUAUUUUAAAGUUAAAAAAAGACGUCCUAGGAUAAUUUAGAUGGGUGCACAUACUGUUAUAGGUAAUUUAAUGUAUACUAGUAAGCAACGAUAAACCAUUGCUAACGAAAAAACGAUUCUGAGCGCAGUUCAGUUAAUAUUGAUGCUUUGUAUGUAUAUAUAUAUGUAAUAUUAUGGUAAAAUAAUUAAUUAGGUAUUGUAUAUUUUUUUUAAUAAUAUUUGUUUAAUAUUGUACCUAUUUUCCCAUUUUUUCCCCCGGUUUUUUACAUCAGCUGGGAAAACUUUUGGUAAAAUCGAAAAAUGAACACCCUAAAGUACUUCCCUAGUCAGAUUUAAUUUCAAAAAGAGUGCUAUCAUUGUAAAUCGGAUCAAAUUUGAUAGUGAAAAAGUUCACAGGAAAAAGAAGGCCGAAAUAUUUGUUUACAAAUACCUACAUUUCGUACAAUUUCCGUUUUUCUCGACGUUUUAUCCCGGUUUUUCCCAGGUAAUAUGAAAACUACUUGAAUAAUCAAAAAACCUCCUUACCAUGGAAAUAAAAUUUCCUUUCAGAAAAUAAGCUACACUUGAUGCAUCGGAGCAAGAUUUCUUGUAGAAAAGUUUGCACAACAAAUUAAGAGGAAUUUUGCGAGAUUAAAAUAGUCUGAGGGAGCGAUGGCUUGGUUCUUUAGGUACACUCAAAAUGCAUUUGUUUUUUCCUUGUUUAGGUAAAAGGAAAAAACUGCGAAACAUUUUGUUUGAAACCCGAAACCCCUAGGUUCAUAAUAGGCAUGUUUAAACAUUAGAUCAUGACAAAUAUUUUAUAGAGAUACAAUAUAGAGUUAUUUAACAUAACAUAAUAUAUGUAUAAUAUCAGAACUUGGUGAUAUAUAUUGAAAAUAUUGAUUGUCUUGAAUAAAACUAUAUGUUAUGUAUUGUUUUAGGGGACAAAAGUAUGGAUACCUUGUGAUUCAGAAGUCUGGCAAACGGCUGAGAUAGUGGAAGCAUAUAAUGGUAAUAAAUUGACGGUGAGAAAAAUAAAAUCCAGAGAUGAACUACUCAUCAAGAUUUCUUCUGAUGAAGAAUUGCCACCUCUCCAGAAUCCUGAUAUACUUCUUGGAGAAAAUGAUCUUACUUCUUUAUCAUACCUACAUGAACCUGCAAUUCUUUACAAUCUGUAUUGUAGAUUUGUUCAGAGUCAUGCAAUUUACACUUAUUGUGGUAAUAAUUUAUUGCUAAAACAAAUUUAACUUUUAUUUUCAUUUAUUAUUUUUAUAUUAUGCUCUAGGAAUUGUAUUAGUGGCUAUCAACCCAUAUAAAGAUCUUGAUAUUUAUGGUACUGACACAAUGAUGGCGUACAGAGGUCAGACUAUGGGAAGCUUAGAUCCACAUGUGUUUGCUGUAGCUGAACAAGCAUUUAAUAAAAUGGAAAUGUGAGAUAAAAUUAAAUAAACAAUUUUAAAUUGCUAGUGUAGUUAUCAAAUUGGAUAUGUUUCAGUGAGAAUAACAAUCAAAGUAUCAUAGUUUCGGGUGAAUCAGGUGCUGGAAAAACAGUUUCUGCUAAAUACGCAAUGAGGUAUUUUGCUACAAUCAGUGGUUCUGAAACUGAAACUCAAGUCGAGAAGAAAGUUCUUGCUUCCAGUCCUAUCAUGGAGGUAUUUUUUUAUUAAAAUAUCAUUAGAACUUUAAAACUGUGUGGGCAUAAUGAAUAUACUAUACUUAAUAGGCAAUUGGGAAUGCCAAAACAACUAGGAAUGAUAAUUCUUCACGUUUUGGAAAAUAUAUUGAACUUCAUUUUAAUGAUCACAAUCAUAUAAUAGGAGCAAGUAUGAGGACAUAUCUCCUUGAAAAAUCUCGUGUUGUGCAUCAAGCAAUUUACGAACGAAAUUAUCAUAUAUUUUAUCAAUUAUGUUCUUCGCGUGAAACAUUGCCUCAUUUACAAUUAGGUAAAUAUAAUGAAAUGUAAAUAUAAUAUAAUGCUAAUUGGUGAAUGAUAAUUUUUAGGUGAUUCUGAAGAAUAUAUUUAUUUAUCUUCACAGCCUAGUAGUGAAAAUGAUCGUGACAGUUUUGUCGAAACGGUCAAUGCACUUAAUAUAUUAGGAUUUUCUCAAGAAGAUCAAGAUCUCAUAUGGAAAGUAUUAGCGAGUAUUUUACAUCUGGGUAAUAUUGAAAUUACUGACAAAACUCAAAAAAAUGCUGGUGAUAGUGAUUCAUGUUAUAUAUCGGUUUGUUUUUAUUAUUAUAAAUACUAUUUAUAAACCAUUUAAAAAAUAAUUGUUUCAAUUCUUUUUUUUAUAUUAGCUUGAAGAUCCAAGUUUACAAGUAGUGUCAGAUUUACUAGAUCUUAAUAAAUGUGAUCUUCAUAAGUGGCUAUGUUAUCGUAGAAUUGUCAGCUUGAAGGAAACUUAUGAAAAACCAAUGUCUGCUGAUGAAGUAUGUAAAUGUCUUAAAUUAUUUUAUUAAUGUGUAAUUUUUCUUUUUUUAUUUUCUAGGCUAGCGGAGCUCGUGAUGCUUUAGCUAAACAUAUGUAUGCAUCAUUAUUUCAAUGGCUGAUAUCAAUAAUGAAUAGGACCAUGUGUGAAUCAACACCAUCGGUUUGUUUAAGAAAAAAAAAAUACUGGAUAUUUUUUUAAAUUCUAAUUAUUACAUUAUUAUUGGUAUUUUAGUUGAAUUGUCCAAUAAUUGGUGUUUUGGAUAUAUAUGGUUUUGAAAUGUUUGAGUUAAACAGUUUUGAACAAUUUUGUAUUAACUAUGCAAAUGAAAAACUUCAACAACAGUUCAAUUUAGUGUGUUUCAUUAAUUAAAUAUUUUUUAAUAUUUCUGAUAAAAAAAAAAAAAAACUUAUUGAAUUUAUGCAUUAUAGCAUGUAUUUAAAUUGGAACAAGAAGAAUACGGAAAAGAAGGAAUUGAAUGGAAGUUCAUUGAUUUUUAUGAUAACCAACCUUGCAUUGAUCUUAUAGAAUCUAAAUUGGGAAUACUUGAUCUUCUUGAUGAAGAAUGUCGAGUAUGUUAUUUAAGUAACUUAUCUAUUGUUAAGAAAUCAAUAUUGUAAUUCAAAAUAUGUAUCAACUUUUAGAUGCCCCAAGGCUCAGAUGCAUCAUGGACCCAAAAACUAUACACAAAGUGUACUAAAUGGGAUAGAUUUUCAAAACCUAAAUUUGGUAACUAUAUUAUAUAGAUAAACAUAUUUUUUUGAACUUCCAGCUAUUUAUUAAAUGUAUUACAUUUAUUUUAAAGCUGGAAGUGCUUUCACAAUCAAACAUUUUGCGGGAGAUGUUGAAUAUUAUUCGGAGGGAUUUUUGGAUAAAAAUAAAGAUACAGUUAUUGAAGAUCAAGUACAUAUUUAUAAGUUAAUAUUGUAUUCAAACAUUAAUUUAAUUUUUUUAUUUAGGUUAAUGUAUUAAGAAACGGUAAAAAUAGUAUGUUACGUACGAUAUUUAUGGUCGAAAGUUCAACUGAUCGUAAACUCAGUAUCCCAGAUCGUAAAGCGAACACUCUCACAACUCCAAAAUCAGCUACUAUUGGAGCAACUCCAAAAUCACGAAUGUUAACACCAAUGAGGCCAAUUUGUGCAACCAUUGGAUCACCUUCACAUUCUAAACAAAAUAAGAAAACUGUAGGUUAUAAUAAUUUUCAUUUUUAGAUAAACUUUAUAAAAAAAUAUUUUCAGGUGGGUUCUCAAUUUAGAGAUUCACUUAAUGCUCUUAUGACUACACUUAAUGAUACUACUCCACAUUAUAUAAGAUGUGUUAAACCAAAUGAUGAUAAGAUGCCAUUUGUUUUCGAUCAUCAACGAGCUGUUGAUCAAUUACGUGCAUGUGGUGUGUUGGAAACAAUACGUAUUAGUGCCGCUGGUUUUCCUUCUAGGUAAAAUUUUACCUUCAUACAUUUAUUUAAGUUAAUAAAAUAAUUAUACAUAUUUUAGAUGGACCUAUGUGGAUUUCUUCUUGCGAUAUCGUGUAUUGCUUAAAUCGAAAAAAAUUAGUAGAGAAGAUCCUAAAUUAACUUGUCAACGAAUUGUUGAAGAACAUAUACAAGUAUAUUUAAAUUUGUAUAAUACAAAUUGUAAUUACAGUAUUAAAAACUAAUUAGCUUAACAUUUUUCAGACUGAAGAUAAUUACAAGUAUGGAAAUACAAAAAUAUUUUUCAGAGCUGGCCAAGUCGCAUAUUUAGAAAGAAAACGUGCUGAUAGACGUAGAGACUGUAGUAUAUGCAUUCAAAAAACUUGGCGAAAAUAUAUAUGCCAAAAAAAAUACAUGCAAAUUCGACGUAGUGCAUUAUUAAUUCAAAGCUACGGAAGAGGUUAUUUAGCUAGAUGGUAAUAAAGUAAUUGUUUUUUUCCUUUAUCUGUAGUAAAUAUUUAAAUUAAAUUGUUUAGUUUGGCAACACACUUGCGAAGAUCUAAAGCUGCUAUUAAAAUUCAGAAAGUUAUAAGAGGGUGGUUAUGCCGUAAGAAGUAUUUACGUGUACAAGUAGCUACACUUGUCUUACAAAAGUAUUAUCGUGGCUAUGUAGCUAGACAAUUUACUCAAGAGUUGAGGCGAAAUAAUGCUGUAAGUAAUUUUAAUAUUAGGAAAUACAGUAGUCGGCAACAUAUUACUGGGCUUGUGGGUAAUAUUACUUAUAUUCAUAACAUUAAAAACUAAAAUAAAUAUUUACUAAUAUAAUAGAAAACGGACACGGGUUAUCAUUUGCUGACCACUGAAAUAAUGGUUACACCUUGUACUUUUUUAAUAAUAUAUUGUAUUUUAGGCUGUACGUAUUCAAUCAAUAGUUCGAAUGUGGUUAUGUUAUCGUCAUUAUCAUGAUACAUUAGAUAAAAUUAUUAAAGUCCAGUGUUGUAUAAGAAGAUGGUUUGCAAGAAGAUGCUUGAAAGCAUUAAAGAAAGAAGCUCGUUCAGUUGCUCAUGUAACCAAGUUGAAUAAAGGUUUAGAAAAUAAAAUUUACACAAUGCAACAGAAAAUAACUGACUUAGUAAGGUUUUUUUUUUUUCAAUGGCUAAAUAAUGUAUUAAUUAUUAAAAAGUCUUAUACAAUUUAUAUUAUUUACCACAGUUGUUUUAGAACUUCUGAUUAAUUCUUAAAUAAUACAAUUAAAACAUAAUAUAUACAAUUAUAUCUUUUAGAAUAACCAAUUAUCAUCAGCAAAAUCAUUAGAAAUUGAGUUACAAGAAACAAAACAAAAGUUAAUGGAACAAAAACAAAUUACAUCAGAACUAAAUAUUGUAAAAAAGAAUUCACACCAAAUGCAAAUUCAAUAUAGUACAUUACAAGCAGAAUAUGAAUCUGAGAAGAAAACUUUUUCACAGAAGCUUGAAUCCUAUGAUGAUAAAUAUUCCAAAGCUGAACAGGAACUUUUUAAAGCGCAACAAAAAAUUGAAGAAUUAGAAUCUAAUUUAGUUGUCUUAAAACAAGACAACCAACAAAAAUUAAAAGAAAUUGAAGGUAUGUUAAUUAAAAAUAUUUUUUACAUGAAAGUUAUGGUCUUGUAAAUUAGACUUCUCGGGGACAAAUAUGUAAGAGUUUAUAAUAGAAGAUGAAUUUCCAGUAAUAAUUCAAAAUAAAUUUAUUUUGAUAACUAAUAUGAUGAAAAUGUAAAUAUUUUAAGUUGCUAGAAUAAUAGCUUAAGUGGUUUUCAAUUUUUUUUCAUGAAGAUACCUAAUUUUAAAUCAUAUAAAUAAGUAGUGGUAACAACUAUCUAGUAGAUUUAUAAAAAAAAAAAAAAAACAACAUAAACCUAUGUAAAUUAUUAUAUUUACAUGUUGCCAUUUUACUAAAAAAAUAAAAUUAUGAUACUAUGAGACAUACUAGUUGAGAACUACACUGCUAGAGAAUAAUAAUAUAAUAUUAUUUGUAGACAGUUGAGAUUUUUGUAAUUUGACUUUAUAAUUUUACCUAUUUUUUUAACAUAUCAUUAGUUUAAUUUUAAAAUAAUGUGUAAAGUUAUUACAUGUUUGUUUUAGAGAGUUGGAGUAGUAAAUUUAACAGUGAAAUGAUAAAAACUCAUGAUGAAGUUGAAAUAGAAAAGAGUAAAUAUCAAAAAUUAUUAUCAGAAAAACGUUUAAUUGAAGAAAAACUUGAAAUAUUUGAACAACAGUCAAUUAUGAAUGGAUCAGGAGAUGGUCUUAAACGCAAUGAAUCAGAUUCAAGCCUACAAUCCUAUAAACAGAAUGGAUAUGCACCAAAUGGUGAUGUACAAACUGUAAGUUGUUAUUGAAAUUUGUAGCAACAAAAAAUGUUAACUUCUUUUUAAUUUGCUUUGGUUUUAAUAAUGUGAUAUUCACGUAUUUUUAAAGUAUUAUAAAUCUCAGAAAUAUAAAAACAUUUUAUUAAUUUUUUUUUAGCAGGUUGGCUAAAUUAGUUGCACUAUGAUCAUUACAUGAAAUAUAUUUGUUAUGAUGAGUUAUUUACUUCAUAGUAUAGUUAAAAUUUCUAAAUUAAGUUAGUUACAAAAAUUGUUAUAUUUAGAGAUGUGACGAACUGAAAAUAUAAUUUGAUACCGAUUUUGCGUGGUCACCAGUUUGAUGUUCUGUGGUGAAACAUAGUGGCCUUGUUAAAAAAGAAAAAUUCUAUUUUCAACAUUAGUGGAUCUCGUAAUUUUAAAUUACACAACCAAGAAGUUUGAGAACCUAGGUUUUUGACCUAACCCAAUCUUUACUUUUUUUAAUAUUCGAGUUCAGAUAAAAAUGUGUAGGUUUGGUUCAAUUGGGGUUUGUUAAUUUAAGGAAAGUUCGGUUAAGUUUGGUCUUUAAAAUCAAGGUUUGUAACAUUUCUUGUUAAAUUUAUUACAAAUAUUAGUGGUAUUUUUUUAUGGUUUAUUUGUAUACUUUUAAUUGGUAACAUUUAUUUUGAAUAAAAAGAACAUUGGUAGUUGUAGAUGAUAAUUUAUUUUAGAACAAUUUUUUUAUAUUUCUUAAAUAAUAUUAGUAAUAGUAGAUGUAUACAUUUUACUGUAAGAAUUAUACAUGAUAUGAUUUGUUUAUGUUUAUUAACAUAUUAUCAGUGUUGUUAUUAUUAUUAUUAUUAUCGUAUGGUAUUCUUAACAAGCAUUACUACUCAAUAAAAUUAUAAAUAAAUAAACUUAAGUAGAAUAUAUAGAGGUUAAAAUAAAUAACAAUAAUAAAGAUAUUAUGUAAUUAGUCUAGUUUAUGGUAACUUCUGUGUUGUGGAAUGACCUUUUAUAGGAGAACAUCGAGUGAUCUCAACCAGGCCAGAGCCGUUUCCGAAACGCCGUGGAUAUCGUUAAUUGUGCUAUUGAAAGCUCGAAUAGGGCAGUGUCCUAUGAUAUGCUCCAUUGUUUCAGACGGGUGACCGCAAUCACACACAGGAGAAUCCUUCAUACCCCAUUUGAAUAGCAUUUCUCCACAUCUUCCGUGUCCUCGUCAUUUUAAUGAGAAGCCAGGUAUUUGGAAGCAUGGGUCCUUGAUUAGGUGAUGGUUAUCAGGGUUUGAUAGGCUCCAAUUUGUUCUCCAGUCGUUCUCUCCAUUGAAUUGGUUUCCAAUGAGGUUUUUUUGCUGUUAGACAGACAGGCUUUCUCGACUUUAGUCUCAAAGUGCAGUUCAUAGGUAUAUCCUUAUGUAUUGGGAGUGUAUCAUUCUGUGUAUAUUUGGUCCACUCUCUUGCGGUAGCUAUCAAACGUCGGGUGUGGGGUGAGUAUAUGUUACAUAACACUGGGAGCCACUGAGUGGGGGUAGUCUUUACUACUCCAGUGAUAAUGCGCAUGGUAGAAUUAAGCUGUAUGUCAAUUUUAGAACAGUGUGCACUAUUUAGCCAUACAGGGGCAGCGUAUUCUGCAGCUGAGUAGACUAAAGCUAAUGCGGAUGUUCUAAGGGUGUCAGUUGAGGUUCCCCAAGUUUAGCCAGCGAGCUUCUGGAUGAUGUUGUUCCUUGUUCUUAUUUUUGCAGCGGUAUUUUGUAGGUGAUUUUUGUACGUCAGUGUCCUGUCGAGAGUUACUCCGAGAUACUUAGGGGUAGGGUUAUAUGGUAGUAUUUGNCACUCUCUUGCGGUAGCUAUCAAACGUCGGGUGUGGGGUGGGUAUAUGUUACAUAACACUGGGAGCCACUGAGUGGGGGUAGUCUACUACACCAGUGAUAAUGUGCAUGGUAAAAUUAAGCUGUACGUCAAUUUUAGAACAGUGUGCAUUAUUUAGCCAUACAGGGGCAGCGUAUUCUGCAGCUGAGUAGAUUAAAGCUAAUGCGAAUGUUCUAAGGGUAUCAGUUAAGGUUCCCCAAGUUGAGCCAGCGAGCUUCUGGAUGAUGUUGUUCCUUGUCUUAUUUUUGCAGCGGUAUUUUGUAGGUGAUUUUUGUAUGUCAGUGUCCUGUCGAGAGUUACUCCGAGAUACUUAGGGGUAGGGUUAUAUGGUAGUAUUUGGUUUCCGAAUGUAAUAGUUGGUUGAUAUUUNGAUGUAUAGAUUGAAAAGAGUCGGUGCCAGUACUGAGCCCUGGGGAAGUCCAUUAUUUAGUUGUUUUGUCUGGACGCUCCUAUAUGUACUGUAAAACUACGAUUCGUUAACAUCUCAUUUAAUAGUUUGUAAAAAGUCAGACGUUUGAUAGUUUUAAGAAAUUUGAACAGUAGACCUUCUCUCCAUACAGUGUUGUAAAUUUAGGCUAUAGAAAGAUUAACUAGUAAAUUUAUUUAACAUCCAAAUAAGUUAGUCAAUAUCUGUAAUAAACAUAUUAUAAUUAUGACCAAUCUUGAUAAAUUAACUAGUUAAUUUUCCAAUUGUUAUACUGAAAAUGUUAUCUGUUAUACAUUUUUAAUAAUAUAUGAAUAUCAACAUUGGCAAUAACACAUUUUAUGGUAUUUAAUUAUUAGAUUACAUUAUGAUGAAUCAACAGCUGUUGCUAUUUAGACAAAUUGUAUUGUUAAUAGUCUAAUUGCCAAGAAAUAAACAAUGUUAUUUAGAGUUAAUAUUGUUAUGCAUUCAUAGGUUAUGCUUAACAGAGUUACUAAAAGAAAUAUGCUAAUUUUUGUAUACAAUAUAUUAUAGAUAUAAAAUAUAUUAUAUUUUUCAGAACAAUAUUGGAAAUGAUGAUUUCUUAAGACUUCAAAAAUCUUUGAAAACCAUUCAAAUGGAAAGAGAUAUGUUAUUAAAAAAAAUAGAAAAUGACAAAUUGGUUAGAGACAAUUCUAGUGAUAAUGACGUAAGUUACUAAGCAACAUAAUUUUAAUUGAUAAUGAUAUAAAAGUAUAAAAUAAAUAACUGUUACAUCUGUUUUAUGAUUUUAGAUUUCUAGAUUAAAAGAACAAAAUAUAUUGUUACGUCAAAACAUAAAUUCACUUCGAGAAGCAACAGUAUCAUCAAGCAACAAUAAUUUCAUCGUCGCUGAUGAUUUGACUCGUAAAUAUCGAAAAGUUCUCAAAUUUAUAAUCAGAUUAGUUGAAUUUUAUUUAUUUUCCCAUUGACUGUUGAAGAAUUCCUUCAUAUUUAAUUUUUUAUUUAUUUUUAUUAUUUAUUUGAAUUUUAUUAUAUUUUUAUUAUGAUUUAAAUUUGUAGUUAAACUAGAUGUUCCUGUCAAUUAGAUAAUUUUACCAAUAAAUGCAUAUCUAAUGAAUGAAGAACUUGUGUCUUUUCCGUAACCCUGCUUAAUUAACUUUAGGAUUGAACUUUAAUGUUAUUCUGUUAAAAGAUAAAUAAUUAUAUUUACUUAGGACAAUUAGAAACAUUGCAAGAUGAAUUAUUAAAAAAGAAAGCAGAAUACAAUAAAUUAAAAAAUCGUCUUGACGGUACGGCAGAAUCAUUGCGUAGAAUUGUUGAUUAUGAGAAAACAACUUCAUUGUUAACUGAAGAUAAAGAACUGAAUCAAGCAAUGGAUGCCCAAAAAGCUAUUAAUCGGUAAUUUUUUUUAUUUUCAAAAUACAAUUAAACAAAUGAAAAUGAAAAAACUAAUAAUUUAUUUUUAUUGACAUAUUUCCAUUGAAGGCAUCUUGUUGAGGAGUUCCAAUCAGAAAAAGAUAAGUGGAAAGAAGAGAAAGAAAAAAUGUCCAUUCAGCUUUUAAAAUUACUAGAGGAGAAUGAAAAACAACAAGAACUUUUAGCUAUCGAAUUUGAUAAAAAUCCUCAAUGUGAUGCCAUUUUGCAAUCAGAUAUGAAUAAACUCAAUUAUGAAAAUCUUGUAAGAAUUAUUUAUAUAUAAAAAUUAAAUUUUAGUUUCCUGUGUUCCUGUGUUUAAAAUUUAUAUUUAUACGUAUUAAAUAUUUUAUUAAUAAUGCUUAAAUUAUAUUUAUUCUUAGAAAUUGAAACAAAAAUAUGAUGAACUUUUACGAAAAUAUGUGACUUUGCGAAAUGAUAUGUUAUUUAAUGGGAAAGAAAACUCCACUAUUAAUUUUGGUAAAUUUAUUUAUAAGAAUUUUAUAAUAAUAAAUUAACUAAUUUGUAUAUUUGGUUAGAUGUAGCAAUUGAUAAUGAAAACUUUGCUAACAGUACAACAAUUGCUACUGAUGAUGGAACAAUUAUUGCCAAAAAAAAGAAUCGUACCGAAUUUCUAGGAAUGUUCCAGUGUACAAUAGAUGAUGAUCCAAUUAUAGCUCGAAAUUUAAUUAUUGGUAAAUAUUCAAUUUAUUAUUCCAAAAAGCAAAUAAAAGUUAUUUGUUUGUAAUUAUAUUUUUUUUUUUUUAGAAUUAAGGCCCGAAACUGCACUAAAAUUAUUACCAGGUUUACCGGCAUAUAUUUUGUUCAUGUGUAUUCGUUACUAUGAUUUUACAAAAGAAGAAAAAAAAGUGAGUUCUUAAUAUAUAAUAAUUUAGUUUUAUAUAAAUAUCGAUAAACUACAAUUAUUUAUUGUUAUAUUUUUUUUUACUUUUGCUGCUUAUUAGAUUGCAUCAUUUUUAACUAAUGUAGUGAAAAAUCUUCAAAAAGUAAUGAAAAAACGACCUCAACAUGACUCUAUGAUUUUGUGGCUAUCGAAUACGAUGAGACUAGUACAUAUACUCAAGCAAUACAGUGGAGAACCGGCUUUUUCAAGCGACAACACAACUAAGCAAAAUUCUCAAGCUUUACAAAAUUUUGAUUUAGCUGAUUAUCGUCAAGUAUUUUGUGAUCAUGCUGUAAUUCUGUAUCAAGUAAUAAUACAUUUUUUUUUUUAUUUGUAAUAAUUUGUAUAGUUAGAAUUGUUAUUUAAUUUGUAUAAUGUUUGAUUGUAUUUAUAAAUUCAACUCUCAAAUUUUUCUUUUAGGAAUUGGUACAAAAAAUGCAAGAGAGCAUAAGAAUAUUAAUAGUUCCAGCUUUAUUGGAGCAUGAUUCACUUGGAAUUGAUGUUGGUAAAAGCAUGAGACGUAGUUUAGGUUCAUUGAAGCUAAAUCAAUCGCCAACUAGUCCAACAACUAAUACAUUGGAAACUGAAUUAAAUACCAUGUACAGUCAACUAAUAGCUCAUGAGAUUGAUCAAGAAGUUAUUAUACAAAUAUUUAAACAAGUAAAAUAAUUGGUUGUUAUAAAUUAGAUGGCCGUGAAUAAUAAUUAAUAACCUUUAUUUUAAGCUGUACUACUUUAUUUGUGCUAAUGCAUUGAACAAUCUAUUACUACGCAAAGAUUUAAGUUAUUGGGCUAAAGGCAUGCAAAUUAGAUUUAAUUUAUCACAUCUAGAGCAGUGGAUAAGAGACAAAAUACCAUAUGUAAGAAUUCUAGUAAAUCUCUACCUAAGUUAAAUAUUUAAUUUGUAUUUAAACUUUUAUAUUUAUGUGAAUACUCAAAUUAUUAUCUAUUAUUAUCUCAAAUGUAGCCACAAGAUGUUGUCAAUACCUUAUUACCAAUUAUACAAGCAUCUCAGUUGUUACAAGCAAGAAAAACUGAUGAUGAUGUCAACAGUAUAUGUGAAAUGUGUGAUAAAAUGAAUGCAAAUCAAGUUAGUAUUAUAAAAUGUUAUGGUUUUCAAAAUAAAAGUUACAUAAUUCAUUUAAAAAAUAGCAAUUACAAUACUUUUGCCUUUUUUGAGUUUAAAUAAAAUUGAAUCUGCCAGGUUUAUAAACUUUACUUUAGUAUUAUAAUUUCUUAAUACACUAAAUGCCUUUUUUAAGUUUAAGAAUUUGUUUAUAAAAUUGUCAAUUUGACAACAUUUAAUAAAAAUAAAUAAUUCUGUAUAGCACUUAAUUUCAUUUGUUAAAAUAUGUAUUUUAAGAUAAUAUAAAUUUGAUUUUAUAGAUUAUUAAACUCCUCACAUCAUUUAAGCCGACUGAUGACUGUGAGGAACGUAUAUCUAUGGAUUUCAUUAAAAAAGUCAAAGAUAAAUUAGAAGAACGUCCAGAAUGUCAAGAUAAGGUAAUUUCUGAGAUUAUUUUAUAUUGUUUUGCUAUGACUAAAACCAACAUUUACAAUUUUUUUUUAAAUGGUGAUAUUAACUAAAACUAUUUUGAGGCUAAUGGAAACCCAAUCAGUACCCAAUCAUAGACUAUACAAAUCCAAUAUCUCUGCUUUUGAUAUUUAAAUACUCCAGUUGUGUAAUAUCAUCUAAGAUUUUAACACUUCACCACGACCAGCGAAGUGCAAAUUCUCUUUGUUUUCUUUUUUUUUAUGUUAAAAAUUUGGUACCUGACCUGUUGUAUCUGAGUGGUUUUUGUUUUACGCAAUACAGUUCCUCUAUUUUUUGUUUAUUUCAUAAUAAAUGAAUAAAUACUUGUAAUAAUAUUUGGAAGUACUUAUAAAUGUAUUUAAAAGAGAAUUUGAGUAUUAUAGAGAAGAUAGUUUUUUAUUUUUUUUCGAAAAUACUGAGAUAAUAGCAUUGAAUUCCUUAAAUGACGGUGUUCACACAUCCUCUUAAAUUAUUUAAUUAAAGUGGUAUAACUAUUAAUAUUUAUUAUUUUUAUUUAUUUUUAGGAGAAAUUAUUAAUGGAUACUAAAUAUGUUUAUCCUAUCACAUUCCCAUUUCACCCAUCGAAUAUUCGACUAGAAGAUAUUGAAGUUCCAGAAGUUCUCAACUUGCAUAUGCUUCAAAAGAUUUAAUUAUAAUUUGCACUUUUGCUUAAAUUGUUAAGAAUUUAUUAAUGUGAUAAUGUAUUUGUAUAUAUUAUAUAUAAAUAAAUAUUGAUGUUUGGAUUUAAAAGGCUGUGAAAAAUCAAAAAAUUAAAUUUUAAACUGUAGGUAAUAUAUUUAAUUGUUAUAGCUUGAACAAAAUAUCUAUUUAUAAUUAUAUAUAUUUUUUUUAUUUAAUUUUUAUUUAAAGUUAUUAUAUAUAAAUAAAACAUAAAAUAUUUCAAUAGGUAUUUAAUUUCCAUUUUAUAUUGUCUUAGUAUACAAUUAUAUUUAAAUUUAUAUAAAGAGUGUUGUAAAGGACUAUUUUACAAAUGAAAUAACUUUUUUUAUUGAAUAUUUUUAGUUUUAUAUUUAAUAUUUAGGAAUUCAAAAUAAAAAAUAUAAAAUGGUAUUUAAAAUUUGAAAAAAACAAACGAGAUGGCCAUUUUGUAAAUUAGAUUUUUAGAAAAAUGUUGGUGUCCAAAACUUUUACUAAAAUUAAGUUACUUAGUUAUUUUUAAAGUAAUGUGACAUUGUUUGUGUGCUUAAAUUUUCUAAAAUUAGCAAGAAAUAAAUUUGAAUUUUAACAAAAUUUAUAAAAUAGCUUUCUAAAAUAUAAAAAUUAUAGCGUAGAGCUCUAGUAAUAAAUAUUAUAUACAAAAAAACUUUAAAAAAUAUUCAAUAAAAAAAGUAAAUAAAUUUAUACAUUUAUUAAACAGUCCUGGUAUACUCUGUAUAUUGUUUUUCUUCUAAAAAUCUGAUUGUUAAAAUGCGCUUAAAAAACUUUUGUUUUUAACACAAUUAACUAUAGAGUAUACUAAUAUUAAUAUAAUAUUUAUAAACAAUGACAAUACUAAAAGAAAUAUGUCACAUUGAUCCAAUGGUGUACAUUUGGAUUUAUGUAUUUAAUGCAAUAUAUUAUAAUUCUCUAGUCUUCCCACCACAUUUUAGAAUGAUUAAUUUGUAUUCUAGAUGAAGAAUGGUAAAUAUUAUAAAGAAGUGCCUUAGUGUGGUAAUCAAUAUUCGCAUACCUAUAAUUACCCAAAAUUAAAAUUAUAUAUUUUUGUUUUAUAAGUUAAAAUUAAAUGUUGUUUCAAUUAUUUUAAUAUUUUUUAAAAUAAUUUAUUCUAAAGUAAAUUACUUUAGUGCCAUAUAUUUUUAAACAAACUAAAACAAUUAUAUUUUAUAGUUUGAUAACAUUGUUAAAUUGUGUAUAAUAUAUCUAUAUAAUAUAUUGUAUUGUUACCUAUUAAAUUAAUUAUAAAUAUUGUAUUGUUAUUUAGGUAAAAUAUUUAAUAAUACUGAAGGAAUCAAAAACACUGGUUAAAAUUUAAAAUUUUCUUAAUCUUAUUUUAAAAUAAUAUUAUUUUGAUUAAAAAUUACAUUCCAUUAUUGUUGAUAUUUAUACUUGGCGUACAAUUUAUUAAUUAUAUCAUAAACACAUUAAUAUGUGCAACUAAUGAUUUUUAAUAUAAAAAUUGAUAAGUUUUUUUAUUUUUAUGUAUGCAUACAUUUUAUUUGUGAUUUUUUUUAAAUUGUAUUCCAUAAUAAGCAACAUAAUUAAUUUAAUUCAUAAAUAUUUUACUCAAAUAAUGAAUUAUUUAUAAUAUUAUGCUAUCGUCCAUUUGGACAAAUUCUAUAUUGAACACAAUUUUAAAUAAUAUAUAUUAUGCAUAUAUUAAUUCAAAAGACAAGAUAAUUGUUAACAUAUUUUUAUGAAAAAAAUAUAAAUUUAAUAAUAUAUAUUAUAGUGUUUUAAUCUGCAUGAACGGAGAAUAUUUUUUUUUUAUACAAUAGGUACUUGGAAAUAAAUAAUAUUAAACAUGUUAAAAUAGUAUUGUGGGAAUUAAAACAUUUCAAAACAGUUUGUAUUAAUCUAAAAAAGUAGGUAAGUACCUAGGUACUUUAAUAGGUUAUAAUGUUACAACUAUAAAAUUAUAACCUAUUAUAAAUAUACAAAUUAUAUUUAAACAAUUAAAUACAGCUUCAUUAUUAGUAAUUAUUAAAACAUAUAUAUACCAUAUAGUUAAUAAUUAUCAAUGUAAAAUAUAAAUACAUUACCUAUUUAAUUUAGUUUGUUUUUUUUUGAUACAUAACAAAUAUAGAAUUUUAAUAUCCUCU